UUUGACCGAAUUUCUUCGACGUGAUAUUAGCCGCAACAAAAAAUUCGUAACAUUCGCGUAAAAACUUUUCGGUAGUGUAUAUAUUUUUCGCGUUCCUUUUGUGAAUCACCGUUACCUCUGAGGAUUCGGUGGUCCGUUAGCUGCUGCUUACAAAUUCGAGGAAAGAUUGUCAGGAUAUUGAGUGUCAAUAAUGGCAGAUGAACAGCAACAGUUUUUUCUUAAAUGGAAUGAUUUCCAAUCUAAUAUGGUAUCGUCGUUUAAACACUUACGAGAUGAGAAAAGUUUCACGGAUGUGACGUUAGCUUGCGAUGGUCAGACUUGUAAAGCACAUAAGAUGGUGUUGUCCGCUUGUAGUCCUUAUUUUAAGUCAUUAUUAGAGGAAAAUCCGUCCAAACAUCCCAUUAUUAUUCUAAAAGAUGUUGCAUACAGCCAUCUGCAAGCUAUUUUGGAAUUUAUGUAUGCUGGAGAAGUUAAUGUUUCGCAAGAUCAACUGCCUGCAUUUCUUAAAACAGCUGAUCGAUUGAAAGUUAAAGGAUUGGCAGAAGCACCCGGUGCCAUUAAGAGGGAAGGUUAAGCUGCACAUAUAAUUGUGGAUUUUGGGAAGCGUGCGGACUGAAAAUGAAACAAAGUGUAAUAAUGUAAAGUGAUCGCGUAAAGACAUACCACACACUAUAAAAAUGAAACACACGUUACGUGUGCACAACUCAGUGUCCUCUGGUUCAUGACUUGGAUCAACACACGGCGACAAUGUAAAUUAUGCCUUUCCUUAAUCUCAGUUAAUGUUAAUGUUGUAUUGAAUGUAUGUAUACAGAUAUGGUAGAGACGAAAUGUUGAUGUUUGUCUUGAACCCAUUGCGCCAUACCGCAAUGGCAGCAAUAACAUUAAUUAUUUUUUUAAAACAAAGUGCUGCAAAAAGAAACUAAUAAGUGGGUCACGAAUAGUUUACAAUACAUGCUGACCGGGACAGUUUUGUGGAUCAAAUGGAAAUGUUAAAAGACAACUUUGCAACUACCUGUUCUUUAAAAUGGAUGUACUGACUCAGUAUACUUUCCUACGGGUGACUUCACGGCAGAUCUAUUUGCAAGGUAUUCAAAUGUCUGCAUGUUUGUAACGAAUACUAACAAUACCAAAAAUUUUCUGCGAGUCUCCGAUUGUCGAGUGUUCAAGGAUUUUUUUAUAACUUUUUCAACGAAAUCAAGUUGGUUAACAUUUAUUUUGUUUGAUUAAACUUUACAUUGUUUCGCGCGCGCGCACACACACACACAAUAUUCUGCCAACACAUUUUUUUGGCCAGCAAGCAUGCACGAAAUUCGGAUGAUAUCGCGAAUAGAUCUGCGUCACUCCCGGCAAUCCCAAUGAAGAAUGUUAAAUCAAGUUUACUGGAAGUUGUAACAUGCGUGUCGUACAUUGCUCUCUUUUGUUGUCCAUAAAAAUUGAUAAAUCUUGUUGUUUUUUACUGCUGGAUAAAUCGCGAUCGGAACACAUUGCAAAGCGAGGAGAACAAAAAGAAAUAGAAAAAGAUAAAAGAUAAAGAAAUGUUCAUUUCACGCGUUCGAGAUCCUAUUCGGUACCAGUUACCUCUUCUAGUGAUCAUGAUUUUUUACUUAACCAAAUACUGCCAGUAUUUGUACCGGCGUAUUCACAAUAUUACCGAUAGACCAAAUUUAUUUAUGAUAAUAAUAUAUUAAGGGUUGAAUGUCUUAAAUCGAGGGAAGGUUAUUGUAAUAUAAGCGAAGCAAAUUUUUGUAAAGUUGGAGCGCACAGUUCCUUUCCCCUCCCGAUGAAUCAGGAUAAUCAGAUAGAAAUUAAAAAAAAAGAAAAAUAGACGAGGAAAUGUCAGGAAACAUUAUCGAGUCAAAAAAAAUGCAUGCAUUAGACCGCGCGCGAUCUACGCAAUAUUCAAAUGUCCAAGCGCUUUUACCGUUUCUCGUUUUUUUUUUUUAAAGUAUUAAUGAUUUUUUAAAAAUAUUCGUAUUUAUCUUUCGCUUUAUAUACUCUUUUUAUUUUUUUCUCAUUUCUCGAACAUCGAAUGCUUUUCCGGAACGGGUUCUUGGCUCUCCUUAUUCGACUUAUUUCUUGUUUCCCUUACCGCCGAUUUUUCGUCGAGUCCAAAUUACUUUUGCAGCUUGCGACAUAGAAAGAUACGACGUACACGUUGCUACGUCCGACGCUACCGAUUACUUUCGUUCCAUCACGCAUAUAUAUAUAUUAUACGGUCUCCGAACUAAUGAUCUGACGAGCCUCUGAGGUACUUCUAUAAAAACACUGAAUGCCACUAACUUAGGAUUACCGCUCGAAACCGAAGAACGGUGUACAGGAAUUUCUCGUAGUUUUUAGUCUUUAUUUAAUUCUGCGUCGGAUGUUCUUGUGACUACCAUGAUAUUCGUAAUUACCAAAACCGAGUAAAAUAAAACUGAAGAGAAAGCAGCAAAAACACGAGAUCUUUGCCGUCAAAGCAGAGUGUGAUCACAACCGUUGUUGCGACCACGAUUGACGAAUAGUACGAAAUGGGACCAGCAGCAACUAAACGUCACGGUCAUUGGAAUUGACUUUAUCAAUCUUCGUUAAUAGUUCUCCGUCGUGUGUCAAUUCUCCUCUCACAUACGUUUACUUUUCUCCGAAUGAAAGUAACCAAAAGUGGAAAGUAUAAUCUAACAAAAAAAAAAAAAAAAUACAAAACGAAAGAAACAAACGAAAAACGGAACAUCUUCACUGUCAUCCGAUAGCAAAGUCACCGAGAAAAACGAUAGAAAAAAUGGCGAUCCGUGUCUGUUCUCAGUAUUUAAGACAGCCUUUAACGUUAAGACGGUUGGGUUCAGUUCCUACAAUGACACGUUUAUCGGGCAUUUGGUGGUUGAAAUGCGAUUCGUACCGUGUGUAUUUGCUGAACUGCGAAGUUGAGGUAUAUACAUUUAUUAGAGUAGAGAGAAAUGUUAUGCGAGUGAUCGAUUCGAGAUAUGUUCGCGACUUGUUGAUAAGCCUUCUUCCUCACACUUCUCUCUCGGUUCCGUUUUAGCCGACGCUUCCGUCGAGGGUCUUCUCCACGUAAUCUCAUUAGUAAUCUUUUUAAUUUUUGUUCGUUGUUACCACUCUCUCCCCCCCCCCCCAAUUCGUUUUAAGAACGACCGAUUUGCGAUUCGUUGGUAUCGCCGAUAAAUUUGUUUGCGACAAAUCUCUCUCCAUUCUUUUUGUACUACUACUUCCUUCAAAUUGUACCAAUGUUUCUUCCCUUCUUCUUUUUCGCUUCUUACUCUCCUGUCCUAUCAUUCUUUUUUGCAAACGAUUAUACAUCGUCACAUUUUUCUAAUUAUACGACUCGAUGAUGAUUAUGAUUACAAUAUGAUGAUGUUGAGAUAUGAAAUAAAUUGUGUAAAUAUACCA